UUUGAACGUGAGCCAGCAACAGAAGAUGGAAGCGGAGCAGAAAGCGCUGUGCCUGGAAGUGCUGGAUGACUUCUUCAAGCUAGAGAUCUCGGAACCAUUCCGUGAGCGCGUGAACUGGGAAGAAUGGGGUCUCUACGAUUACCUCCAGGUCGUCAAGACUCCCAUGGACAUGGGCACCGUCCGUGUGAAGCUGAACAAAGGCGAGUACAAGAAGCCAGAAGAGUUUGGCAGGGACAUGCGGUUGAUUUGGGACAACUGCAAAUUGUACAACCAGGAUGGAUCAGACCUGUGGGCCGUGGCAGACGAAUUGGCCAAGAUGUUUGAUGACAAAAUGAAAGAACUCAAGUUGGACGACGGGUCGUCGUCGAAAUCCUCGUCGUCGGACGUCACUUUGGAGGAACGUAUCGUGUUUAGCCAGGACAUUUACAAAAUCUCGAGCAAAGACCUCGGCAUUGUCGUGGACAUGCUGGAAGAGCUGUGUCCUAAAGCUCUCGAAAAGGUACGUUUGCCUCCACCUUAGCAAUGUAUCCAACGAUGCGCCAAAGAACGCAGACGAGAUCGAGUUGAACGUGGAUGCGAUUGACGCGAAAGCGUUCAAGGAAAUCGACGCGUUCAUCAAAGACUGCGUGCCGGGCGGUGCGUUGCCUCGCACGUUGAAGAAGAGCAAGCGCAAGAAGGACAAAGAGAGCAGCGACAAGUCGUCCAAGCGGCACAAGGAAUAGACUGCCAACGUGGGGUCGUGGUGGAUUCAUGCAUCAUGCUUGCAAUCGCUUGAAUAUAUCUUUGAUCGACA